CAAUACUCGAACUAGAUGCAAAUUAUAGUUCAAAAGAUUAAAUCUUUAUUUUUACUCUCAUAUAUUUUAUUUGACAUUGGAAUAAAUACUUAGAUUUAUAUUGACACUCUAAAAUAUCUCAAAAAAAAAAAAGAAAAAAAAAAAUUUUUUUUUUCAUUUUAGAACAUCGUAAUUUAACAUUGGACGAUGGUAUUCAUAUAAUAAUAACAAAUUUUAUUUCAUAUAAAGAACGUUUUCGUAAUGAAGAAAUAAAUUCAUAUAAUGAAAAUAAUGAUUCAAUUGGUUAUUCUGAAAUAAAUCCAGCUUAUGAAUAUCCUCGUCAAUCAAAUAAUCUUACAGAAGAAGAAAUAAAUCCACCUAUAUUAAAUCUUGGUGAUAGAUUACCAUUAUCAAUGUUAUUAUGUCUUUUGGCUGAUGGAAGACAAUUAACAUUAGAAGAAAUAGAUCGUGUACUUGUUUAUUUACUUGAAAAAAAAUCUAAAAUGUUAACAUUACCUUCAGGUACAUUACCACCAUUACCUGCUCAAUAUGCAACAAUAAACACAUUUAAUCAUCAAACAGGCUCUGGUAUUGUGUCAGACACAAGAUCCAUUCCAAUCUCAGAUUCAUCAAUUGGAAAAUCAUCGAAUUCUUCAUCCGAAGUAUCUUCGUCAAUUGCUGAACAAAUUCGUCAAAUCCUAUCAACAAAUAUAGUCAAACCAAAUAAUUCAACUGGAGAAACAAAUUCACAAUCUAUUAUAACAAAAAUUUCAUUGGAUAAAUUACCUGAUAUUGUUAAAAUUGAAAAUACGAAUAUUUCACAAGCGAAUAACAAUGUUGCAGAAGCAGCAAAAGAAUAUGUUCAACAACAAAAAAAAAAAAGCCAACCUUCAUUUUCACGUCCAAAAGUUGAAUCAGUACCUGUUGUAUCAUCUGCAUUUAAUUAUACACCACCAUCAGUAGCAACAACUGGAUCUUUAACUUCAUUUGGUGCACAAAAUUUUUCAUCUUAUAAUUCUGUAACUCCAUCGUUACCAUUUAAUUCUACUUUAAAAUCAGCAACAUCCGUAACAGUUCCCAAUUUUGUGUCUCAACCUUCUCAAUAUUUCUAUCCAAUUCCACCACAAAAUGUUUAUCAGUCUCCAUUGAAUUCGACAGUAGCUGAUUCAGCAGCUGGAAUUUUUCAAGCAUAUUCACAAUUUAAUGUACAGCCGACAGCAAAUCCUUCAAUUGUUAGCCAACAACUAAAUACACAACAACAACCAAUUAGAAAAUGA